CAGCACUCUGCCAGACUCAGCGCCAGGGUUUGAGUCCAGUGCUCGAGCCACAGCACCACCAGGUGCACGUGAAAUGGUGCUGCCUGGGUGCUCAUUUAUGGGUACCCUGGCUCAGAAUGGGGAGGGCCUUGAAGCCAGCCCUGCGUCCCUAGUCCCUGGUGUGUGUCAAGGCUCUUGGCUGGGUGGUUAUUUGCCACAGAAGCCUGCUGAGUCUGUAGCCCACCCACUCAUCAGUGGGCCUGGGAGGUGGCUUCUGACCCUGCCCAGGACCUGGGUUCUCUGCCAGCCUGGCAGGGCCAUCUCUACAAGAGUGAGCUCGAAGAGGUUGGGCCAGAGGCUUGCUGUUCAGGAGGCCUUGAGCUGCCUGCUAAUGGGCUGGGCCGCCCUCACUGCUCCCCAGGGACUGAACAAGGCUGGGAUUGUUCUGGCUCCCCUUUGUUUCCCACUCCCCGCCCAGGACUGCCAUUCUCCCUACCCUGUGGGCUUGGCUGGUAGAGCUAGGACUCCACCUGCUGAAGGAGCCCUGGCCCUCUACCCUCCACCUCAGAAGGCUGCAGACAGGGUCGGCUUUGCCAUGCUCAGUCUCAAGCUGCCCCAGCUCCUGCGCAUCCACGAGGUCCCCCGGGUGUUCUGGGAAGAUGGAAUCAUGUCGGGCUACCGGCACCCCAGCAGCUCCGCCGUGGACUGCAUCCUCAGCUCCUUCCAAAUGACCAACGAGACGGUCAACAUCUGGAGCCACUUCCUGCCCACCUGGUACUUUGUGUGGCGCCUACUGGUGCUGGUGGGGACCCCGGGCUUCGGGGCAGAUCCCUACCACUGGCCACUGCUGGCCUUCCUGCUACCUGCCUGCCUCUACCCCUUCGCCUCGUGCUGCGCACACACCUUCAGCUCCAUGUCGGCCCGCGCACACCACAUCUGCUACUUCCUGGACUACGGUGCACUCAGCCUCUAUAGCCUGGGCUGUGCCGUCUCCUAUGCCGCCUACUCCGUGCCAGCCUCCUGGCUGCACAGCCACCUCUGCCAGCUCUUUGUGCCCAUCGCCACACUCAACUCCUUCCUGUGCACUGGCCUCUCUUGCUACUCCCGGUUCCCUGAGCUGGAGAGCCCGGGGUUCAGCAAGCUGCUGCGCACAGCCGCCUUCACCUACCCCUUCCUGUUUGACAACCUCCCACUUUUCUAUCGGCUGGGGCUGUGCUGGGGCUGGACCCCCACCUGUGGACAGGAAGCACUGACUGUCAGUCAUGGCUACCACCUGCUCUGCGCGGGGCUCACUGGCUUCCUCUUCACCACGCGUCUGCCUGAGCGCCUGGCACCUGGCCGUUUUGACUAUGUCGGCCACAGCCACCAGCUGUUUCACAUCUGUGCAGUGUUGGGCACCCACUUCCAGCUGGAGGCUGUACUGGCCGACAUGAGGUCACGCCGGGCCUGGAUGGUGGUGCAGGGGCCGCCCCCAGGGCGGGCAGGCACACUGGGCACACUGGGCCUGGUGCUGGCCGGGAACGUGCUCAUCAUCGCCGCCUUCACCUCCUCCCUGCCCCGGGCUCCUACUGCCUGCUCCCUGCUGCAGGGGGGCCCACUGGAGAGGGGUGCGAAAGCCAAGCCACAGUAGGCCUUCUCAGAGCUGCCUGGGUAGGGUGAAGCCCCAACAAAGCCUGACAAGGUAGGGGUGCUGCUGGGCCUGGAGGCAGAGCAGGAGUACAGAAAAGGCAGGGGACAGACGAUGAGCCAGGAUGGAGUGGUGGAGAAGGGCGGUGGAGCAGGUGAGGCAGGUGAGGGCAUGGGAAGUGCAGAGGGUCUGAAGUGUGUGUUCAGGCUGGACAGUGGGGUGGGAAGGUGCGGGGCUAAUCCUGGUGCUGCUAGAAGUCUCUGCCAAGGAGCACUGAUACCCCUAACCGGGCUGGCCGGCCUAGAAUGCUUAGGCCAGAGGUACUGCUCAGGCCCAGGAAGCACUAACAUGACUGGCCAGAGGGGUCUGCUGCGCCCCGCCCCAGCCCAGGCUGCCGAGUGCCCCUGGGCCCCCAGCUGUUUAUCCUGCGAGUGGGGUGGCAGCCAUGAUGCAGGAGCCUAGGCCCUUGAGCCUGGAUUAUCUGGGGCACAGGUGGGUUCAGGGGAGGUGGGCAUGGCUGGGCUUUGGGGGACACCAAGUUAGCCUUUUAGGAAGCCACCCUAUAGCUUGCAUGGCAACUACCAAUAAAUGAAUGAAAACCA